AUGCAAGCUAAUUCAGAAGAAUCGAUGAUAAUUGAUCCAGAAUUUGUUCCCAACACAAUUCUAAAUAAUCAACAGAAAGAAAUUAUCAAUAUAAAUCAAACUGAAGAAACUACUAGCAAUGAGGUCGAAACCGAAAAGUCUGAUAUGGUGGUUGAUAAUGUUAUUAGUGAAUGUAGUAAACCGAAGUUUAGGCGUGCUAGAAGACAUGAAUUGAGUGCAGGCUCACCACAAUUUCGUGAAAUUCCUGUUCCGAGACACCGUUUUGCUCCUUUACUAAAAGAAUGGAAAAAAAUUUACGAACCUCUUGUUAAACAUCUGAAUUUACAAGUUAGAAUGAAUCUUAAAGCAAAGCGCGUCGAAAUAAGAACAUCCAAAUAUACGACAGAUUCAGGGUCACUUCAAAAGGCUGCCGACUUUGUUAAAGCUUUCAUGUUAGGAUUUAAUAUUGACGAUGCUAUUGCCAUAUUACGUGUAGAUGAUCUUUAUAUUGAUUCUUUCGAUAUUAAAGAUGUUAAAACAUUAGAGGGUGAUCAUUUAUCUCGCGCUAUAGGUCGCAUUGCUGGUAAAAACGGGAGAGUAAAAUUUGCUAUUGAAAAUGCAUCAAAAACUAGAGUG